GACUGGCGCAUUGCCUGAGUUAAGGAUUAAAAUAUUAACUAAUGUCCCUAUUAAUGCUUUGAGGAAGGAUUGUAAAUAGGAAUAGUGGCCAAACUUGAUGUGCGUUUCGCCCUGUCUCCAUGAAGGGCGAAGCGUGCCUUCCGUUGGGCCUGCGCUCAUUUGGCUUCAGGGUUCAGGUUCAGACCCAGCUGUUCCUUCUCCCUCCGUGAAUUGGGAGGUUGGAACAAUGCCGGAUAAAGGGGAGUUUCUGGUUGCUUGAGAGUGGCUUUUAAAAACAGACCCCAGGCUCUAUAGAUAACAUAUGCCAUGGAAUAGACUACAAUCUGAAUAUUGAAAUUGCAGCCACUCAAUGCCAACGGAGGCAAAUUCAGGGCUUCGCUCCCUGGAUAGCUUAAAGGGUGACUCCCUCUCUGGCCAGUUCUUGACCUCCACUCCAGGCGCCUGACCCUCAACGAUGGCCCUGCUGGCCCGGCUGAAGCGUGGCUGCUCUCGACUCCGGCUGCUGUGGGGCCCGCUCUCCGUCCUGGCGACCCUCUCCUCCCUGGGCUUCCUGAUCAGUGGUGGCCACGAGGAGCUGCUCUCGCACUCGCUGCCUUACUUCCUGCUCCGCGAUGGGGGGCACCCCAUCAGUCCACCACUCCUGCCCUCCUCGGAUGCCUUCCUCCUCCUGCCGACGCCCGAGGCCUGCUCCCCGAAGGCCCCCUCCCUCCUGGUCAUGGUGGUCAGUGCCCCCAGCCACGUGGUCCAGCGCCAGGCCAUCCGCUCCACCUGGGGAGGGUCCCGCUGGGCCGGGGAGUUCACCGUCCGGACCUUCUUCACCCUGGGGCUGCCCCGGGAGCCCUUUCUUCAGGCGGUGCUGGAGCGGGAGGCGGCUGAGCACCGGGACCUGGUCCAGGGCCGUUUCCUGGACACCUAUGGCAACCUGACCCUCAAGACGCUGGCCCUCAUGGGUUGGGUGGCCACUCGCUGCCCAGGGGCCCUCUUCCUGGUCAAGGUGGACGACGACGUCUUCCUCAACCUGCCCGGCUUGGCCGAGGAGCUGGGCCGCCUCCCCGCCCUGGCCCCCGCUUACCUGGGCCGCAUCCACUGGCGAGUCUGGCCCAGCCGGGACCCCCGCAGCCGCCACCACGUCCCCCGCAGUCUCUACCCAGGGGGGCCCUUCCCGCCCUACUGCAGCGGGACGGCUUAUGUGCUCUCGGGGCCCGCUGUGCCCGCCUUGCUGGGGGCCGCCCGGCAUGUGCCCCUGGUGCCCCUGGAGGACGUCUUCGUGGGGCUCUGUGCACGGCGUGCCAGCAUCGCCCCGCAACACCUGGCCCGCAUGAGUGGGGCGUCCCACCUGCCCCCAGACCCCUGCUGCUACCGGGGGGUCCUGCUCAGCGUCCACCACGUCACCCCCGAAGAGAUGGCCAUCAUCUGGGACUCGGCCGCCCCCAACGAGGAGACCUGCCAGCUCUGGCAGCGGGCGCUGGGCUCCCUGCGGUGCAAGGCCUUGGCCUGGCUGGCCGCCCUCUGAGACCAGGAAGGGCCGAUGUCCAUUUGUCUGGACAAAUGGACAUUCAAUUCAAAAGGUAGAGCCAAGGCAC